GGCCUACGCACUGACACUCUUAAGGUGUGAUCGAUCAACGUCAUGGCGAAGGUGCAGGUGAGGUCGAGGUUCGUGACGGAGGUGGCGCCGCCGCAGCUCGUGUCGGUCGUGCGGCCGAGGAAGGUGCCGAGGAGCCUCGACACGAUCGUCGAGGACGACAGGGAGCUGCAGCAGCUGGCCUACGGCGACCAUCGUCAUCAUCAUCAGGCUACUGCCUCCGCGGCGUCGAUGAAGAGGGCGUGGCCGGCCGGCGCGCGCACUGGCGGUGCCGGGUUCAUGAGGGAGCUCAGCAGCUGCUUCUCCGGCAACGGCGUCCAGGGCCAGGCGGGCGGUGGCGGCUGGGAGAGCACGCGCAGUAAAGGGCACGGCCGACGAGCCGUGUUUGCGCACCGGAUGCAUGGAAAUUAAUAAGCUAACGAACUAGGCUUGCUGCUGAACUUGGGUAUGCUAGCAUGCGUAGCUAAGCUUUAAUGUGUCUACGCGGAUUUCUGCCUAUGUGAGGAGAUCCAUCGACUACUAGGCGUUCAUAAUGACUUCGUCGAUCUCAAAAGAUAUUGUGUUGGCGCAAUAUCUUAAAGAUGCUUGUAAGGUAAGAUGUUCGUCGGCAUAUUAUAGAGGUGAGUGUAUGUGCUGUAUUAAAAAAAUUAAUGGAUUCAACAUUUCUAAAAACUGUCAUAUGAGGGAUGCA